AGCAGAAAUACUCUGAGUGGAUAUUUCCUGGCUGGAAGGGACAUGGCCUGGUGGCCGAUUGGCUCGUCUCUUUUCGCCAGUUCAGAGGGUUCGGGUCUGUUCAUCGGCCUGGCUGGGACUGGGGCUGCUGGCGGAAUCGCUGUCGCCGGAUUUGAAUGGAACGCAACUUAUGUGCUGCUGGCACUCGCUUGGAUAUUUGUACCUGUCUACAUCUCCUCUGGGAUCGUGACAAUGCCAGAGUAUCUGGGGCGUCGUUUUGGAGGGGAACGGAUCAGAACGUACCUCGCUGUCCUCUCACUCCUGCUGUCUGUCUUCACCAAGAUAUCGACUGACUUGUACUCUGGAGCCCUGUUUGUCCAGGUGUGCCUGGGAUGGAACCUGUACCUGUCCACUGUCCUCAUGUUGGUGGUCACUGCUCUCUACACCAUAGCAGGUGGACUGGCUGCUGUCAUCUACACAGACACUUUACAGACAUUUAUCAUGAUCAUCGGUGCAAUCAUUCUAACAAUUACUGCUUUUAACAAGAUAGGUGGCUACAACAAUCUGGAGCAAGUUUACAGCAUCGCGGCGCCAAGUAAAAUUAUCCCCAACAGUACCUGCCAUCUGCCACGGGCCGACGCCAUGCACCUGUUCAGAGACGCCGUCACUGGAGACCUGCCGUGGCCAGGCAUGACGCUGGGAGUCACCAUACUGGCCACCUGGUACUGGUGCACAGACCAGGUUAUUGUACAACGCUCCCUGUCAGCUAAAAGCAUGAGUCAUGUGAAGGGAGCGUCGAUCUUUGCUGCCUAUCUAAAGUUGUUGCCCUUCAUCUUCAUCAUCCUGCCGGGUAUGAUUAGCCGAGCUCUCUACCCAGACACUGUGGGAUGUGUUGAUCCAGAGGAGUGUGUACGGGUGUGUGGAGCAGAGGUUGGAUGUUCCAACAUUGCCUUUCCCAAACUAGUCAUUGAGCUCAUGCCAAGUGGCUUGAGGGGGCUCAUGAUAGCAGUGAUUAUGGCAGCUCUGAUGUCAUCUCUGACCUCCAUCUUCAACAGCAGCUCCACACUUUUUACCAUGGACAUCUGGAAAAAACACCGCCCUCGAGCCUCUGAGAGGGAGCUGCUGUUGGUUGGCAGGAUUGUCACUGUGAUCCUGGUGGUGGUGAGUGUGGUGUGGAUCCCCAUCCUUCAAUCAGCCAAUAGCGGCCAGCUCUACGUCUACAUCCAAUCAGUGACAAGCUGCCUGGCCCCACCAGUCACAGCCGUCUUCACACUGGCAGUCUUUUGGAAGAGGACCAAUGAGCAAGGUGCAUUCUGGGGCCUCAUGGUGGGUUUGGUGGUAGGCGUGUGCAGAAUGGCGCUGGAAUUUGCCUUCCCUCCUCCCAGAUGUGGCGUUGUGGACUCGGCUCCCCUGGUGUUACGAGGCGUUCAUUAUCUUCACUUCGCCAUUCUGCUCUGUGGACUCACUGCUGUCGUGGUAGCUGUGGUGUCAUUGGUCACACCACCACCCAGCCACGAACAGGUGUGCAACCUGACCUGGUGGACAAUAAUUGAGGAGCCAGAAAGAGAGAUUCCUCUCCAGAAAGUGUCCUCUGUCAGCCACCGUAACUCGCAGGGACCUGAACAGGCUCGCCGGGCGAUGUGCGGACAGGGAGCAGGAUUGUGCCUCUCAGCGAUGCGGGGCUCAGAGCAGACUGCCAGAGUUCCCACGAUUCGGGAGAGUGUGUUCUGGUCCAGGUUCUGUUGUGCCAAUGCUCUCCUCUUAGUCUGCAUUAAUAUUUUCCUAUAUGCAUACUUUGCCUGAAUGGGUUGCCAGGUUUGGUAGUGUUCUUCACAUGCCUCCUGCUGAACUCUGUUCAAUCUGUAAACUACAAACUAGAAGAGGUUAUUGACAAGACUUUUUAUUUUGUCUUUUUUACCUGUUAUAUACCUGACAGGUACAGCUCUGUGAAAAAGUUUUAAAUCAACUUAAUUUCUUUACACGUUGAUCAAAAUUAGCCUGAUUGUUUCAUAAACUCUAAGAGGUCUCCAUCACAUGGAUGUAUGAAGGUUUUUCUUCAUUGGCUCAUUUACAGUGUAUCUCUAGUUUAAACUGAUCUGAUUUAAAUUAAUAUAAAGAAAAGAAUUGCAACAUUUAGAAUUUUUAAGAUCAGUAUGAAAGUUCACAAACUGAGCUUUUAAGAAUCUGUGUUUAGAGUUGUUUUGUGGUGCUAUGAUCCAGACUUGAUGGGACUAACUGUUGUAAAUGUAGAACCAGAGCUGAUUGUAGUGGGUCCAAAUGGAGCCAGAGCAGCAAAAUGCCCUUUUAGCACGCUGGUCAAUCAGAUGCCAGCUUCAGCAUUGUCAAUUUAUAAUUUGCAGAUCAUACUGAUGCCACUUAGUAUAUUUUAAUAUUGAGAAUUGGUUAAAUAACAUUUUAUAAAAUACUCACGACUUUAGAUAUUGUUUGAUUUAAAGUCAGAUAUUGUUUUCUGUUGUUUUUGUUCAUUUUUACACAUAACAAUUUAACAAUAAAGAAAAGAUUUAUUAGACAACAGCUUCUCAAAUAAAAUCAAAAACUUUUUGAAUGUCUCAUGAUAUUAACUUUUAGAGAUGUUUUGUGAAAUAUUAUUUGUAGUAAAGAAUUAAUAUUUUUUUGAUUUUCAUUGGCAUAUGUUAAAUAAACUGAAAGAUAGUUGCACAACAAAACAAACAUGGACACAAUCAAAUCGUGACUGGAAAUAUUUAGCAAGAAGAAAAAUGUAAGAUUUACUGCUGUGUUUGGACCUGGUAUUUACUGAUAACAGCAGGG